GAUCACUUUUGUUCAGAAUACAGAUAAGAGAGGAAGAAGAAGAACUGCACUGGGUUUUUGAUGAGACUUUACUGACAUAUCAGCAAAGUUAACAGAUGGCCCUCAUGGAGAGAAACACAACUUGGCCCCUGUCCCUGUUCCCCGGCAAUCACAGCCACACCAAUGGCAGCACUUGUUCCCGUGACAACGUUUUGAAGACGGUGGUUUUUCCUGUUCUCUACUCCUUUCUCUUCCUGGUGGGGCUGCUGCUCAACGCCGUGGCUGUUUGGGUGUUUUUUCGGAUCCCCUCCAAGUCUCACUUCAUUAUAUACCUGAAGAAUAUUGUGGUCGCGGAUGUCAUCAUGACGUUCACCUUCCCUUUCAAGGUGUUAUCAGACUCCAACCUGGCUUCCACUGGGCUGCGCAUAUUCGUGUGUCGGGUCUCCUCAGUGCUCUUCUACCUCACCAUGUACAUCAGCAUCCUCUUCUUCGGCCUCAUCAGCAUCGAUCGCUGCAGAAAAACCCUCAGGCCCUUUAGGGGGACUACUGCAGCCCGGUUGGCCCGUCGCAAACUCCUUUCCGGAGCCAUCUGGACCUUUCUGCUGGUUCUGUGUCUGCCCAAUGUGAUCCUGACACGUAAAACCCCAACAUCUCCAUAUUUCAAGUGCAGCAACCUGAAGACAGAGGGUGGGCUGUACUGGCAUGAGGUGGUAAAUCAUGUCUGUCAAGUGAUUUUCUGGAGCAACCUUGUGACUGUGAUAGUAUGCUACACUCUAAUCACCAAAGAGCUGUACAGAUCCUACGCCCGCAGCGCUGGAGGGACCGUAUCGGGAGAAUCAACUGGGAAACCCCACCAGGCCAAAAGAAAAAUGAAUGCAAAUGUGUUCCUGGUUCUGGCUGUGUUCUUUGUGUGCUUUGUGCCAUUUCACUUUGCCCGUGUGCCGUACACCAUGAGCCAGACCCAAAGGGUUCUCUUUGAUUGCAAUCUCAAACUCUUCUUCUUUCAGCUCAAGGAAAGUACGCUCUUCCUGUCGUCUUUAAACUCUGUUCUGGACCCUCUCAUCUACUUCUUCCUCUGUAAAUCCUUCAGGACCACUCUGUUCAAGACCCUGCGGCUGCCUCCUGGUGCCUGCAGCAGGCUAACGGGGAGAGGGUCAGACACGGACACAGGCAGCAACGCUCUCGGAAACUCUUCAGCCUGUGCAUAAAACCACUGGUCAUAAACAAGAUGCUUGUAAUGUGGUAUCUGAAUGUGCACAUUCUGUGAUUAUGUCCUGUUUUUAAGAAUAGGAUCAAAUCUAAAUUCAGCUUUUUGACAAAACAUUUAGAGAAAUACAGUGGUUGACAGACACGUUGAUCUAUUUUCUGUCAUUUGUUCUAAUCAACAUGUUGAUCAUCACAAUAUUAUUACCAUCCCUGUCAAAAACCUGUCCUUUCAACAUUUUAUUGUCAGUGAAAAACAAACUGUGCCAAACCUGAGAACUGGCAUGUUUUCUUUGUUUUUCUUUCGGUUCUUCAUUCCACCUAAUAACAGCAUGAAGUUCCUCUUCUAUUCUUUUCAUAGCCACUAACAUUAUGUGAUGCAUUCAUUUUCAAACUGAAAGUUGUAAAGUCUUACAAAUAAUCUCCUGACAAUACAAAGUGAUCUGUUAUUGUUGCAUGUGCAUGAAGGCAGUUUAGUUGUGUUUCCAUUGACUGAUUAUUCAGGAUAAUCAUAUGGAUAAACAUUAUGUCUACAUUUGGGAUUUAUUGUCGUUCAGUUUUGCUGCUAACAAUGAUCCUCAUCUAUAGUAAGUAAGGAAGUAAGUAAGUAAGUAAGAAAUAUGGGUGGUUUCCAAACGAAUGAGUUGUAUGUAUGGUUAUUGCUUUCUGUUGCAACCGGAUGGCCAAAAGAAGAAGAAAAAGAAGGUUACAUGCAUCAGAAAACAACAGUAAAGGAAGUAUUGACAGUUUUGUUAUUUGUUGUGUGUGCCCGUGGUUUGGGCCAUAGCAUGUGAUUGGCACUUUUCACAUAGGCAAAUAUUAAACCCCAUAUGGCUCGCUCAGCCAGUAUCUACUACUCACUGAGAAUGUACUGUAUAGUCCUUUGGAGAAAAAAUAAAUAGGCUUUUUGAACUCCAAGCACUUGUAUCGUUUCAAAAUGUAACCAUUAAUCAUAUGUCUGUGGCAAAGGAAUUAUAAAUCCUGAAAUCCACCAUAAUAAUAGAAAUAAAUAAGUAUUUGAGCUUGC